AUGACAUCAGACCAUUCCACAAUGUUGGAAGUGGAGGCGGGGAAUAAGACGGGAGUCUAUUAUAUCACGGUAUCGAAUCUUCCUUUCAGCGCUCAGUGGAAGGAUCUCAAGGACUAUGUUCGGACAGUGUGCGAGGUUGACCAUGUCGAGGUUUUCAGUGCGAGCACGCACGCAUGGGUGAAGGUCAUAGGCUACGAACAGUACCGCAGAGCAUUCGGUGAGAACGAGAAGGAGCGUAUCUCAAUCCGAACCCAGGCCGACUCGGGAAAGAGCGAGAGCGGGUUCCUCGGGACGGCAGAGGAGCUGGUCACGGAUAGCCUUAACAUGGCAGUCCCAGUCCCAGGGCCUGGUAUCUCGUCGUCCGGGACUUAUAGCACUUCGGAGGAAGGCCAAGGACACUACAGCCACUACUAUGUCUUCUUCGUCCAAGGCAGCAUCACCUCAUAUGCCGGUGAUCGUCAACGGGUCAAGUAA